ACUUCUUGGAGCACAAGAAACUCUUCAACCAGAUGGAAAAUAUUACUAUCUGUGGAGAUGAUGCCAUCGGCCCCCAGGUGGAUCGUUGCCGAGGUUGCUUUGACUUUACAUUAUUUUUCGAGGAAUGUUUCUUCUCAAUUUUGCCAUCUGUGCUUCUCUUGCUAGCGCUCCCUUUUCGUUACAAUCAACUACGACAGUCGCGAAUUCGCAAAGUUUCACGAAGCUGGCUUUACUGGGCAAAAUUAGUAUUCGGCCAGGCUUUCGGGGUGACCCAGCUCUCUCUCUUAGUUGUAUGGUUUCUCCCGUAUGCUCCUCGCACGAGGGCCUCCUUGGCCGCCGCGACAUUGGCUUUCUUUUCUUCAGUCGGCCUUCUCUUCCUGUCGCAUUGGGAACACAUCUUUUUGGUACAUCCCUCUAACAUCCUCAAUAUUUCCUUAUCAGUGUCACUUCUCUUUGACGUUGUCCGGGUUAGAAGUCUGUGGUUGGCAUCUAAUACAGCUAUCGCGGUACUCUACACGGCAAGCAUCACAAUAAAGAUGAUCUGA